CAUAUACAGAACGAGAGAGAUUAUUAACACCAAACACACACACAGAGAGAGAGAGAGAGAGAGAGAGAGAGAGAGAGGAGAGAAUGGCGGACUGGGGCCCAGUUUUCGUAGCAGUGGUUCUAUUUAUACUGCUGACACCGGGUCUGCUCUUCCAGCUACCUGGUCGAAGCCGAUUCAUAGAGUGUGGGAACUUCCAGACGAGCGGCGUCUCCAUCCUUGUUCAUUCCAUCAUCUAUUUCGCUCUCAUUUCCAUCUUCUUGCUCGCCAUCGGCGUUCACAUGUACAUUGGCUCCUAACCCCAUUUCCCCCAUUUCUCCAUUCAAAUAUCUGUUUCUCUCUGUAAUGCUAUCUUUCCAAGAUUUCUCUUAGUUUUCUUUUCUUUUCUUUUUUUUCUUUUUUGGUAAUUUGGAUCGUUGUUGGAAGCACUCAUUUUUCUGUGUUGUUGUUUGUUGAGUAAGAACAAUUUCUUCAUUAGGAAUUGAUUGCUUCAGUUGGGUAUUGUGUCUUACUUUUAA